UGGCGUUGUUAUGGGCCUGUACCGCUCUAGCUCACCGGUAACUUAUUCCCCUCCAUCCCAUUCUACCGAGCCGCGAGCGAUUACUUGCCCGCUUCUUCUGUCCCCCCCUCAAUCCCUCAUCCAUCCCUACCUCCCUCAUCGUGCCUCUUUCUCUCUAACGCCCAGUCUUCCUCUUCGAUAUCCCCGCUCAAAGCUCUGAUCUUCUGCGUAAUCGCGACGUUCUGCAUUUCCCAUCCUUCGCAGAGUAUGUACCCUAGAGUUGCUGUAGCUGAGAUAACGUUCAACCCUCGUGAGAACACGCUUUCUUGACAUCCCUCCCACCAACCCUAAACCCAAAUGCUGGAUCCCUCGAAUUCGUUGACCAGCGAUCUUCUUGCCGGCCUCUGUAUAUCUACUGCUUACUGCGUCAUAAAACGAGGCACCAACUAAAUCUACCCCUUUCCGGCACAACUCAACAUUCUUCACAACAACCCCCUCUUGCGGUUGAAUCUCACAAGCUAUAUCGCAAUGGCCUCCCAGCAGCAGCAGUCCCUCCAACCUUACCAACAUGGCGAAGUACACUCCUCUUCGACCAGCUUCCACCACAUAAGCCAUACAGCACCGGUCAAUACAGCCUCUCAGCAACGAGCGCACCAAGUCGCAUCGCAGCACACCUCGCAUUACGAUGCACAGGGGACAGCGGCAUUCCUAAGGGAUUUAAACCUCGUCGCAGAAGCUGCAAAGAGGGCACAGAUGGCGCUUAUCGCGCGAGACCUCGAGGGAAUCUCCUUAUAAACAGAUACUUUAGAACUUAUACAUGUAUAGUAUAGUACAAGGUAUAUCUGGGCUCUUUGGAGAGGUUUGGGCCCUGGCGUUUCGAUAAGGGAUGGUUAAUUUUUGAAUGUCCUAAGGGUGAUCGAUUUCAGCGGGAUUAUAUAUUAAGGGUGUUGGCAUUGGCUUUUAUUUACAAUAUAUAACAUAAUUAUCUCUCUCUUCAUUACGUUCUCCUCUGUUUUCUAUUAUACAUCCCCUGUUGCAGCAAGCUGUCAUCCCAUUGCUUAGUCAUGUAGGCCUUUUGUUUUGUUGCGGGGGGGUUGAGGUGAAAAAUAAUCAAUUCAUUAUUUAUGUACUACCACACAAAACACUCUUUUUACCACUUAAAUACCUGCGGAACUAGUAUACCCACUGCUAGCUAUGGAUUCAAAUUCAGAGAAUGAAUCAGACAUUGAAUUCGGAGACAUCUUCCAGGAUCCGGAGGGAUUCUUACCCCCACCCAAGGAAGCAACUUUUGAAGAAUAUACCAUGCGCUCCGGCCAAACAAUAAAACUACGACUCGUGGGCAGUCAUCCGCUUUGGGGCUUCCUACUCUGGAAUGCAGGGAAAACAAGCGCAGAUUACCUCGAGGACAAGGCGCGCGAAUGGGUCGAGGGGAGAGAUAUACUAGAACUAGGCGCCGGUGCUGGUCUGCCCAGUCUCGUCUGCGCAAUCCUCGGCGCCCGCACAGCCGUCGUGACCGAUUACCCAGAUUUCGAUCUCGUCGAAAAUAUGCGCAUCAACGCACAGGCCUGCGAGUCGUUAUUAUCUUUAGGGGGAACGGAUGGGAGUAGUCCAAAGUCGUCGCCGCUGAGGGUUGAAGGAUUUAAAUGGGGCACGGAUCCGGAGACGGUGUUGAGACAUCUGCCCGACGAUGCUGGGCUUGGUGUCGAUGGUCGUCGUGGGUUUGAUUUGUUGAUUUUGGCAGACGUGAUAUAUAAUCAUCCGCAGCAUGUGCAGUUGAUUACGAGUGUGAAACAGACGCUGAAAAGGACUCGGGAUGCGGUGGCGUUUGUGGUUUUCACACCGUAUCAGCCAUGGCUGUUUGAGAAGAUCGUGGCAUUUUUUCCGCGCGCGGAGGAGAGUGGGUUUGUGGUUACGAAAGUGUUUGAGAGGAUGAUGGAGAGACUUAUGUUUGAGGAGGAUCCUGGGGAUGAGACGCUUAGGCGUACUGUGUUUGGAUAUGAAUUGAGGUGGAAAGAGGAAGAGCUGGACAAGCAAUGACACCAUGACUCCUUGUGGAGAAUUAAAUAUACAAAAGCCAUAGAAUUAUAGAUUGUUUAAUUGCUCGAAGUAAUUCAAAAAUGCAGGAAUUUCUGUAUAUCUUUUGCACACCUUUUCAGAAAUUGUUCUUUUCUAGGCAU